UCAAGACAGGGCAUUUAAAAGCUCCUCCUUGCAGUAUACAGUCAUGGUGAGUUUUAAUUCAAGUCAACAUCAGAAUAGGGUUCAAUAACCAGCUUAUCACACAUGAUCUUGUGGGUUGGGAAUGACACCCCUCUUCCUGGGCUGGAAGGAAUGCUUUUCUAGACCCUUCUCUUCCACGUCCAGUCAAUAGAAGUCGAGCCAUCUGCCAAUCGGCUCUUCAGCGAGGAGGAAGAGGGAGAAAUAAGAAUACGACAGCAGGGAAGAAUAGGACAGAGGGGAGUACUCGACACCAGAUCGGGACACAUGUUGAGUUAACGGACCGUUCCUCCGCCUCCCUUAGCGGAUUCGUCUCUCUUUCAAUCCUGCCUUGGGAACGGAUUCACCUCCGCUUCCACCACAUUCCCGUUUGAGCUAUGGAUGCGAGUAAAAUGGCAGUCAGCAUCAACAAAGCCAUCAACACACAGGAGGUUGCUGUCAAAGAGAAGCAUGCCAGGACAUGUAUAUUGGGAACGCAUCAUGAGAAAGGGGCUCACACCUUCUGGCUUGCUGUCAACCGCCUGCCCCUCUCCAGCAAUGCAGUGCUCUGCUGGAAAUUUUGUCAUGUCUUCCACAAGCUGCUGAGGGACGGCCAUCCAAGCGUCAUUAAAGACUCCAUGAGGCACAAGUCUGACCUGACCGACAUGAGCAGGAUGUGGGGUCAUUUGAGCGAAGGCUACGGGAAGCUGUGCAGCAUCUACCUCAAACUGCUCAUCACCAAAAUGGAGUUUCACAUCAAAAAUCCUCGUUUCCCUGGCAACCUUCAGAUGUCAAAUAGACAGCUUGAUGAAGCCGGCGAGAACGACGUCAAUAAUUUCUUCCAGUUGACAGUGGAGAUGUUUGAUUAUUUGGAGUGUGAGCUGAAUCUUUUUCUUGGUGUGUUCAGCUCGUUGGAUAUGUCUCGUUCGGUGUCUGUGACAGCGGCUGGUCAGUGUCGUCUGGCUCCUUUGAUCCAGGUCAUUCUGGACAGCAGUCAUCUGUAUGACUACACAGUCAAACUGCUCUUCAAACUUCACUCCUGUCUGCCAGCAGAUACUCUUCAGGGGCACAGAGAUCGUUUUCAGGAGCAGUUUAAAAAACUAAAGAGUCUAUUCUAUCGCUCCAGUAACCUACAGUUUUUCAAGAGAUUGAUUCAGAUCCCACAACUUCCUGAGAAUCCUCCGAACUUCCUGCGGGCGUCGGCCCUGUCCGAGCACAUCAGUCCAGUGGUGGUGAUCCCAGCGGAGGCAUCGUCUCCUGAGAGUGAACAUGUGGUGGAGACUGAAGAUCUGGUGGACACAGAUAUACCACCUCUGCCGGGCCCUGCGGACACUAAAUUCGAUGACCUUUUCGGGACCUCUGCCGCAACAGACCCGUUCAACUUCAACGGUCAGAACGGCAUGCGCAAAGACGACAAAGACCGAUUGAUCGAGCAGCUCUCAGCUGAGCUACAGGCCCUGAAAGAGGAAUUGGAGUCUUUCAGAUUGGAGAGUGGGCGUCUUUGCCAAGCACUGCGGGGGCGUGUGAAUGAACUGGAGGCGGAGCUAGCGGAGCAGACACACCUGAAGCAGCAGGCGCUGGGAGAGGGCGAGUUCCUGAGGGCGGAGCUAGACGACCUUCGGAGGGUCAAAGAGGACACGGAGAAAGAGCAACGAAGCCUCAGUGAAAUCGAGAAAAAAGCCCAGGCGAAUGAACAACGCUACACCAAGCUGAAAGAAAAAUACACCGAGCUGGUCCAGAGCCAUGCUGACCUGCUGAGGAAGAAUGCAGAGGUCACGCGUCAGAUGACUGUGGCUCGUGCCGCACAGGAUGAAGUGGAGAACGUUCAGAAGGAGAUGCAGGAGAGAUUGAAAGCCGCUCAGGAAUCUGCAAGUCAGCAGGAGAGGGUUCAGUUAGAGAAACUUCAAGCUCUACAGGCCGAGGUCAUGUCCAGCAGAACCGAACUAGAGACCCUAAGGGGCACCGCCACUUCUUCUCAACAGUCACAUGAGCAGAUGAGUACUCAGCUUACUGCUCUGGAGGCGGAGAAGGCGGGGCUUAUGGAGACGCUUUCUAAGAAGGAGGCGGAGUUGGCAAGUUUAGGGGUGGAGUUGGAGCGAGUGCAGAGCAGUCUGACCAAUGAGCGGGAGAGUGGCGUAAAAGCCGCCGAAGCCCUGCAAAACCAGCUCAAUGAAAAGGAGAGUCGUGAACAGGCUCUGGAGAGCGAGCUGGUGUCCCUGCGCUGGACCGCUCUGCGUGGAGCUCUGGAGGAGGCGGAGAAGAUCAUACAGGACAGCCUGAAUCAGCUGGAUGACCCCGCACACAUCAGCUGCACCAGCUCAGCCGAUUAUCUGGUGUCCAGGUGCCAGGUGGCUGUGGACUGCGUGGAGAGCCUGCAGUUGGCCAGAGAUGGCUUGGUGUCAGAUAACACGGAUGUUUCAGGGCUGGUGCGGGCUGCGACUCAGUUCGCUCACCUGGUGGGUGAUGUCAUCGUACAGGGCAGUGCCACCUCACACAUGGUGCCAGUGGAACAAGCUGAUGCGUUGGCAGACAGCGUGAAGGCGUGCGGUGCGGAGGCCCUGGCAUUACUGUGCCAACUGAAGCAGCAGGAGUCUAUGGGGACUGCAGACUGCAGCCGGCUGAGGGCGGCACUUAACGCUGUAAUGGCCUUGGGCGAGAAGUUACGACCACGGGGUCUGGAGCUACAGCAGGGUGAACUUGGAGAUCUGGUGGAACAAGAAAUGGCGGCCACAUCGGCAGCUGUGGAGUCGGCCGUGGCCAGAAUCGGGGAAAUGCUCAAUAAGUCUAGAGCGGUUGACACUGGUAUCAAAAUGGAAGUCAAUGAAAGGAUCUUGGCGUCUUGUACGGAUCUUAUGCAGGCCAUCAAAGUGCUGGUGCUUUCCUCCAAAGACCUGCAGAGGGACAUUGUGGAGAGCGGAAGGGGUGCUGCAAGCAUGAAGGAGUUUUACGUCAAGAACUCCCGAUGGACGGAGGGUCUGAUUUCGGCCUCCAAGGCUGUGGGCUGGGGUGCCACCAUGUUAGUUGAUGCCGCUGAUCAGGUGGUACAGGGCAAGGGCAAGUUUGAAGAGUUGAUGGUGUGCUCGCACGAGAUUGCUGCCAGCACGGCCCAGCUGGUAGCAGCGUCUAAGGUGAAGGCAGACAAGGGCAGCUCAAACCUUACCCGGCUGCAGCAGGCUUCCAAAGGAGUCACGCAGGCAACCGCGGGUGUCGUGGCGUCAACCAAGUCCGGCAAAUCUCAGAUUGAGGAUACAGAUACUAUGGAUUUUUCCACUAUGACUCUCACUCAGAUCAAGAGGCAAGAAAUGGACGCACAGGUGUUGGUGUUAGAGCUGGAGACUCGGCUUCAGAAAGAGAGAGAGCGUUUGGGUGAAUUGAGGAAGAAGCAUUACAAGCUCGCUGGCGUGGCCGAAGGCUGGGGAGGAGAAGAGGAAGGAACGGGUUGAGACGCGUCGCAUUCUGAGCAGCAGCUCCGCCGUGCGGCCGCUUAGCUUCUUUAUAUACUCGAUAUCUUUCCCCUCUCCAUUUUUAUUGUACUUUUUAACUUUUUCUUAUAAUGUACAUUAAAGCCAAAUAAAAGGUGCUUUUUUUCUAACCCGCUCCCUCCCCUACCCCUGGAGUUUGAUGAUGAAGAGGUGUGUGAGAAAGGAAGUGGAUUGUGUGGCACCACCUAGUGGACAAAUAGGAAAGUGCAAGUGCUACAUUUGGAGAAUCUACCUUUCCUUUCCUCCCCUACCACGUAGAGCAAUCUCCCCGUGAGACCACACAUCCCAUGAUGCAUUGCACAAGGUUAAGUCACCCCAUCUGCAGGAAAUGUUGAUACCCGGCAACAAACCGCACCGGUGUGUGAUUUCCACAUCUCGAAUGCAUUCCUCAACGCCAGUCCGUCCUCCAGUGUGAGGGGGCUGCUGUUGGAUAGGAUCACCAAAAAGAGACCCCUAAUCCGGGUACGGCCUUUCCCGAUGCCCUCCUUAGCAGUGGUCGUUGGAGUAUGGACAAAUAAAAGGGCGUCGGACACAAUAAAUGACGACCCACUGUGGACUAACACAUGAAAAAAAACACUAGUACACAGUAGAGCUCAGCUGAAGUUUUUAUGAUUCACUUUUUGUCCGUUUGUAUUUGUAUCUGUUGUAUUUUUGAUGGUGUUUUAUGUUCCGUUUAAAUUUUUUGUUUUGUAAAUGAACCCAGAGUAGAUUUAUCCACAGGCUUUUUACUGUUUAACAAUGUUAAUUUUUAGGAAAAAACAAACUAGACGUUAAGUUGUCUAAUAGCAUAUUUUAACAAAACUGUGUCUUGAUGCAUUUCACAGACUUAAAGUCCAUGACUGAAAAUGUACCGACUGUUUCGUGACCUCACGAUCAUUGUUAUUGUAAUAGCUCUGUAUUAGGUUGUAAUUUCCUCAGCACAUAUAGAUAAGACACUAUAUUGAAAAUGCAUUACCGAUAGUCUGAAGUAGUUCCGAAAAGCAAGAUUUGGAUUUUUAAGACUCGAGUUUCCUGUUCCUGCUCGGUUUACACUUAAGUGCUGUUAAUACUACCAGUAUCUGUUCAUUACAGUAUACGCACCCUUUCACAAUGAGGCGCGAGAAGAGACAUCCGUGCCUUCCAAAGGGAAAUAAAGGUCAAGGAUCACAUUGCCUCAUAAAGACAUCUAAAAUCUUGAUCUGAGUAGCAUUAGGCUGCUGUGUUUUUUUUUUUUUUAAAUUGGUGGUUUGGUAUUAGGAAGUGAUGCUGAAAUGAUCCGGGCCGUGUGUGAUGUCAGAACAGUCAGCUUCCAAUGUGUUUGAUGUCUUGAGCUUCCAGCGUGCCACUUUCUAAAUCGACGUGUAUCUUAAAGGGUUAAUUUAAAGAAAAACUAUAUUGGUCAAAUUUCACCC